CCGCAAACGGGCGGGUGGCUGAGGCGGCGCCGCGGGCGCCAUGAACCCGGAGAAGGACUUCUCGCCGCUGACGGCCGGCAUCGUGCGCUCCCUCAACGACAAGCUCUACGAGAAACGGAAGGUGGCGGCGCUCGACAUCGAGAAGCUGGUGCGCGAGUUCGUGGCGCAGAACAGCACGGCGCAAAUCCAGCACGUGAUCCAGAUCCUGUCGCAGGAGUUCGCGCUCUCGCAGCACCCGCACAGCCGCAAGGGCGGGCUCAUCGGGCUGGCCGCCUGCUCCAUCGCCCUGGGCAAGGACUCUGGGCUUUAUUUGAAGGAGCUGAUUGAGCCGGUGCUGACGUGUUUCAACGAUGCUGACAGCCGCUUGCGAUACUAUGCCUGUGAGGCCUUGUACAACAUUGUGAAGGUGGCCAGGGGCUCUGUCUUGCCCCACUUCAACGUGUUGUUUGAUGGCCUGAGCAAGCUUGCUGCAGAUCCCGAUCCAAAUGUAAAAAGUGGCUCUGAACUCCUGGACCGGCUUCUGAAGGAUAUCGUGACAGAAAGUAACAAAUUUGACCUGGUGAGCUUCAUUCCGUUGCUGCGUGAGAGGAUCUACUCCAACAACCAGUAUGCGCGGCAGUUCAUCAUUUCCUGGAUCUUGGUGCUGGAGUCAGUUCCUGAUAUCAAUCUUCUGGAUUACCUGCCCGAGAUUCUAGAUGGCCUCUUCCAGAUUCUGGGGGACAACAGCAAGGAGAUCCGUAAAAUGUGUGAAGUGGCGCUCGGGGAGUUUCUCAAAGAGAUCAAGAAGAAUCCUUCCAACGUCAAGUUUGCAGAGAUGGCCAACAUCCUGGUAAUCCACUGCCAGGCCUCAGAUGACCUUAUCCAGCUGACCGCCAUGUGCUGGAUGCGGGAGUUCAUCCAGCUGGCCGGCCGCAUCAUGCUGCCGUAUUCCUCGGGAAUCCUGACGGCCGUCCUGCCCUGCCUCUCCUAUGACGACCGGAAGAAGAGCAUCAAGGAGGUGGCCAACGUGUGCAACCAGAGCCUGAUGAAGCUGGUCACCCCUGAGGACGAUGAGGCGGACGAGGGCAAGCCGCGUGCGGGAGCCCCCCCUUUGGAGGGGGAUUCUGACGAGUCGCUCGCGAGGCCGGAGGCUGGCCCAGGUGGCUGCCUGGACGCCUCCGGCGAUGCGACCUUCAGCAACACCAGUGUCUUUGUACCAGCCAGCACAGACAGGAUCCGCAUCACCCUGAACCUGGACGGAAUUGUCCAGGUGCUAGACUGCCACCUGCGUGACUCGGCCAUUGGGAUGAUGACGCGCAUUGCCGUCCUGAAGUGGCUGUACCACCUCUUCAUCAAGACCCCUCGCAAGAUGUUCCGGCACACAGAAAGCCUCUUCCCCAUUUUGCUGAAGACCUUGUCGGACGAAUCCGAUGAGGUGAUCCUCAAGGACCUCGAGGUAUUGGCGGAGAUUGCCUCCUCUCCAGCAGGCCAGACGGAAGGCCGAGGGGCCCAGGAUGGCGCGCGGUCCGGGCAGCUGGAGCUGCCGAUCCCUGCUCCAAGCAAGGCCGGCCAGGCCAGCGCAUCUGGGACCAAGGGCAUGGAGUGCUCCCCGUCAACGCCCACCAUGAACUCCUACUUCUACAAGUUCAUGAUCAACCUGCUGAAGAGGUUCAGUUGCGACCGCAAGCUGCUGGAGAUGCGAGGAGCCUUUAUCAUCAGGCAGCUCUGUCUGCUCCUGAACGCAGAGAACAUCUUCCACUCCAUGGCAGACAUCCUGCUGCGCGAGGAGGACCUCCGGUUUGCGGCCUCCAUGGUGCACACGCUCAACACCAUCCUGCUGACGUCCUCCGAACUCUUCCAGCUGCGGAACCAGCUCAAGGACCUCCGGACGCCGGAAAGCCUGGAGCUCUUCUGCUGUCUCUACCGCUCCUGGUGCCACAACCCCGUCACGACCGUCUCCCUCUGCUUCCUGACGCAGAACUACAAGCACGCCUAUGACCUCAUCCAGAAGUUCAGUGACCUCGAGCUCACCGUCGAUUUCCUGAUUGAGGUCGACAAGCUGGUCCAGCUGAUCGAGUGCCCAAUUUUCACAUACCUGCGCCUGCAGCUGCUGGAUGUGAAGGGCCACCCGUACCUGCUCAAGGCCCUCUACGGGCUGCUGAUGCUCCUGCCGCAGAGCAGCGCCUUCCAGCUCCUCUCCCACCGGCUGCAGUGCGUGCCCAACCCGGAGCUCAUGCAGGCCACCCGCCCAGUGAGAGGAGAGGUGCGAGAUGCCAGCCUCGGAGCCCCCACCCAGGAUGGGGCCCGGCAACACCCGCCCGACGCCUUGCCCCUUCUCCCCAGGGACGACUCCAGGCGCCGUGUGGUGUCGGAGAAGGUGGCAGCGGCCCCAGCCAUCGACUACGCGGAACUGCUGCAACACUUUGAGAAAGUGCAGAACAAGCACCUGCAGGUGCGGCACCAGCGAGCUGCCCGGAGCGAGCCCCUGGACCGGAGGGGCAUCCCCUGAGGGCGCUCCCGGAGCUGGAGCGCCCAGCUGGCCGUUGGGGGGAGGGCAGCUGCCGGGUGGCCCUGCCGCCCCACGCAGCCGUGGAGAACUGGGCCAGGGACUGGCAGCAGCUCUUGGCCCUGCCGGGACUCCUGCCUCGUUCCCUGGAUCAAGUUUGCCCACAAGGGCGGGGCAGACACAAGGCACUCCUGCCCUGUUCCCCCUUGCCGCCGUCACCUGAUGGCCAAAGCCUCUUGCGACGGCUGAGGGGGCAGCAGGUGUGCCGGAGGCCUUUGCUGGCCUCUCCUCCCACUUCUUCUGGCCUGCAGGGACUCUUCCCCCCUCGCCCCCCCCAUCCUUCAGGGCUUGCACUCCAGUCUGUCAGGGUGUGUGUGUGAGAGAGUGAGCGAGCGAGCGAGCGAGCAGGAAUGAAUCAGCCUCCCCCCUCCCCGAAUCAUGUGUACGGAUUGCACAGCCUUAACUUACAGCUAAUCUCUGUGUGUAUGUAUAUAAGAUCUCUAGACCUGUUGGGCUUGUAGCCUGAAAUCUUUGUACGAUUGUAAAAUGCCCCUUGUGGAAUAAAUGAUGACGGCAAAACACUCA